AGUUCCUGUUUCUGGUUCUCAUAUGGCUGCCUCUGCUUGUCAGCAUUUUUUGAGCAGUUUCCUACCAACUGGAAAACAGAGGGAUACAAGGAGAAUGGAUCUACACCUAAAGCCAAAGGCUUUCCAUCCAGUCUCAAAAGAGCGACCACACUCUUUAGUGGACCUUAAGGCCUAUAAAGACACAAAAAUUUUAGUGGCAAAAUUUUUGGAACAUUCAAACUGUAAUCUUCCUCCAGAAGUACGUCAUGUAGUGAACAGCAUACGGUCAGUAAUCAAAUCUGAUGAGAGACACAUGGAAGAAGCCAUCUUCAGUGCCAAUAUUAUAGACCAGGUGAUUACGAGUUCCCAGCAGAAUGUGAGUACCUCUAGAAAGCAACUUCAGGAAGAUCUUCAUCUUCAGAGCUGUGGAGCUCUGAGCUCUCCGCUUGCCUUCUUACACAGGUCCCAUAUCAUUUGCAGUUUAGAGCGGGACAGGCCUCACAGUUUAAUUGGAGUUUGCCGGGAGACCAUCCUUUGAUAAUAUUUGCAGGUAUGUGAUUCCAGCAAAGAGAAUUCAGGAAGAAACCAGGACUGGGAGAAAAACUAGUGGAUGACUUAAAAAAGGAAAAAGUGUCUUUCUUUGGAAUUCCAACAGCAGGAGGAGAAGGCUUGUUUUUCUGAAUGUAAAUUUCAGCCCUGAUUUUUGCUAAAUUUUAACUGAUUUAUUAGUAAAGUCAUUACAAAUGUUUUCCCAACCAGAAAUAUGUUUACUUCACUGUACUACAGAUAUGCUGCGGAUGCUGCCUAGCAUUUCUAGAAAACCAUUGCAAAACCACCAGAG